UGAAAACAAAAAUGUGCGCAAAUCCCACAGCGGAGUACGAGGACGAACUUUGGGGGCCAAAAGAGGAGAAGGAGCCACAAAGUGGAUUCCUGGCCGCCGUUUUCGAGGAGCCUCCAGAUGGCACACACAUCCGAGACGUCAGGGAAGAUCUUCCUUCCUUAGAACCGGGUCACAUUAAAGUGGAGGAGCCGGAUCCCACUUCCACCAAUGAGGUCGAGGAGUCCGAGGCCCCUGACGUGAAGGAGGAAGAGCAGGAAGUGGAUAUCAGCAACUUUCCACUGACUGUCAUCGUGAAGAGUGAAGAUGACGAAGGAGAAGACGCUGACGGAGACCAACGCGGAGACGACGGCCUCUUAGCGCCAUUAUCAGAUAGCGAUGACGGAAUGUCACAAACGCUUGACACUGAAGAGGACGAUGACGACGACGACGAUGAACUCUCGAAAGCUGACACGGCCUGUCACACCGACAGCAAGCGCGUGAAAUGUUCUCAGUGUGACAAAACGUUUUACAACAAGUCAAAUUUGAAAAGACACAUACGGACGCACACCGGAGAAAAACCUUUUGUCUGCUCCGUUUGCGGCAAAGGAUUCUCCAUAAAGACAAACUUGACGAGGCACAAAAGGAGACACAACGGCGAGAAACCUUUUGGCUGCUUGGUUUGCGGUAAACGAUUCUCUACGAAGGAAGAUUUGAAAAUACACACGCGGACGCACACUGGGGUGAAACCUUUUGCUUGCUCAGUUUGCGGCCAGCGAUUCUCCAGAACUACAAUUUUAACAACGCACACCAGAACGCACACCGGGGAAAAACCUUUUGCCUGCUCCGUUUGCGGUCUGAGCUUCACUCAAAAGACAAAUUUAACGCGGCACACGCGAACGCACACCGGCGAGAAACCCUUUGCUUGUUCAGUUUGCGGGAAAACAUUCAACAGAAAAACAAAUUUAGCAGCGCACGCAAGUACGCAUGCUCUAGAGAAACAGCUGCGUUGCGGCGUUUGAUCAAAGAGUUCAUGUCAAGCGUGAGCUUAAGAGAGGCAAGUGUGCCACAAUCAAUGAAACUGCAGAAAAAAAAAAACUUGGCCACGCUAAAAUCUUGUCAGGGGCGCAAAAACUGCGUGAAACUUUUUGGUCUCUUGACAUAUUUUGAGGAUUCAUCACAGCUGUCGAUUGCAUACCGGGUAUGCUGCGCAUUAUCUUCUGUCUAAAGUUGAAUACAUUGAAGAAUUGACCCCUCCGUACAGGGCACUUAACCAGGCCUCCUGAAGUUACGUCACCCCACGUGUGUAACCUCAGACAAACAAUUAGCAAAAAUGGCAGCGCAGGAAGAAAAGACUAGAGCGAAAUUGUCCGAUUUACCAUCUGAUUUCUCAUUAGCAUUCUUAGCGAAUAGUGAAAUAUCGUUGAAGAGCAGACAGCAGCGCUUCAAGUAUUUCAGCGAGGGGUAUUUCAAUGGUAUUUACAUGCAUAUCGACGGAGAAACCAUUGAUACUAGCGCGAGAUCUUUCCGGAGUCAGAGGAAGACCGAGAAGCCACAUAAUAUAAUAUAUUAUAACCCAAAGACGAAUUCGUCAUUGACAGUUUCCUAUUUUCGUGUUACCUAUCACACUUGUGUGCAGAAUCUGUAUAGCCGUUUGUGAACCGCCGUAUGAAGGAAAAGAAGGCGAGGCUUGAUUUGCGAGUUGUUUCUCUCGUUUUCUUUGCGUAACGUCACGCGCUCCCCUCAAUAAUUAUUCUUGAAUUAGUGCCGAACCUACGCAAGUCCCGACCGAGUACGACAAUCACUAGUUUAGUGUCCUCAAACAUCCUUCCUUCAGUCUUGGAAUCUCGGUGUACGUCGAAGGCUUUUAGGACUCGCUAGUCCGGUUUAGCUUUGCUCGGUAGCCGCGAACAAUGGGACACGUUUGUGCAGUCAGAUCAUCGCAAAAUAUCGCUCAACACAGAUCAAGUGUGACAAUCAUUCACACGUAGCUAUGUUAUGCAAGCGAAGAACUGCUCAUUCAUUUAUACGAUACGUAUGUAUUUAAAAUCAAAUAUAGGGCUCUUACCUUCGUGCAAACAUAUCUGUUCCGGUUGAUGGAUUCAGUUGAUCAUGCGGUCUUCCUCAAAGUUUUAUCCAUCGAAGGCAUUUUUCGUACUGGGUCUUCGGUUUUGGAAAGGCUACGAAUUCAACUCAACCAACUAGCCUUUCGGGAUACCUGUCGUCACUAUUACAACGUCCGUGACUACACCUCUUAACCAUAUCUCUUGUUAAAGAACCCAAAUACAAUAAAUAAAACGCCAACAAAAGCUCUACUGAACCACGUGACUUUGUCUGAGGUUAUGGCGGACGACAACAAGGGGCGUGGUUUAGGCACAUCUCUGGCCUCUGAUUGGUCAGCGACGGGGCCCACGCAAUUUCUACGGAGGGGUCAAUUACUGCAAACAAACCCAUUUAUAUGAUUUCAAAUCGACGAGUAUCGACAAGAAAUGGGCUUGAUUAGCAGUAAUGAUAACGGAACCAAAAUGCUAUCGUGAUGCUACAAAAAAAAUGAAGUUUGCGCAGCUGAAGGAGAACAAUAGACAACAACUGCAGUACAUGAACAAAAACACAAAUAUUUGCUCACGUGAUUUGGACUUGUGCUGUGGAGUCUUUCUCGUUGUUCACUUCCUGUUUGCCGUUGAUUGAUCGGCCAAACAAAGCAGCCGCGGCUCCGAGGGGAGAUUCAUCCGUUCAUUCUUUCGCGUUGACGUCGUUUCAUCGCGUCAUUUCAACCCUGAAAGGGGGAAGGUGGCCGUCAUCUUGAAAUCGGUGAUCGUAAAUAUUCAUUUGCACCUGGGAAACAAUCUAGACGUGUAACUGUCAUCAUGCCGGGUAUGAAAUUGUUCCGGUGACGUUCUUGGAAGUGUUAUUUGAUUUGGGCAAUAUCAAAUUUGUUGGAUAUUUGUGGGGGUUUUUUUUCCUGUAUGUUGCCCCGAUUCUAAAUAUUCUUCACUGUUGCUGUAAUCCUCAUUUGUUUAA